AACAGAGCUAACGCUGCGCCUUUUCAGUCAAAGUGUAUCCGUCGUUGAAUGUGUGAGAUGAAACACAACUCGAACGUCCCGGCUUUCCUGACUAAGCUGUGGACUCUGGUCGAGGAUGCAGACACCAAUGAGUUUAUUUGCUGGAGUCAGGAGGGCAACAGCUUCCUCGUGUUGGACGAGCAGCGCUUUGCCAAGGAGAUCCUCCCCAAGUUCUUCAAGCACAACAACAUGGCCAGUUUCAUCAGGCAGCUCAAUAUGUGAAAGGGAUGGUCCAGUGGAGUUUCAGCACCCCUACUUCAAACACGGACAGGAUGACCUGCUGGAGAACAUCAAGAGGAAGGUUUCUAACACUCGGCCGGAGGACAACAAGAUUCGUCAGGAAGACCUGAGCAAGAUCUUGGCAAGUGUUCAGAGUGUUCACAGCAAGCAGGAGAACAUUGAUGCCAGGCUAGCAACACUCAAGAGGGAGAAUGAAGCACUGUGGAGGGAGAUCUCAGAUCUGAGACAGAAACAUGCCCACCAACAACAGCUCAUCAAGAAGCUGAUACAUUUUAUCGUCACAUUGGUACAGAACAACCGCAUCCUGAAUUUAAAACGCAAAAGGCCAGUUCUUAUGAACAGCAAUGGAAAGAAGCCCAAAUACAUUCAUCAGAUCUAUGAUGAGAAGGUGUGUGUGGAACAGUCUACUGUCAACAGUCUGAAUGGUGUGAAGGGCUCUGAGGUAUCAGAUGAUGUUAUCAUCUGUGAUCUGACUGAGAAUGACACAGAAGUGGCACCUGAGAUCACACAGGAGUCACAGGGUGAUGUAGAAAUUGUGGAAGUAGAGCUGGACAGCUGCACAGUGCUCCCAGCUGAGACGGAGGUCAGCACCACCUGCACAACUGACGUCAAGCAGACAGAGGUCGGUGUGUCAGCAGCAGCAGAUGACAGCCAGAGGAGCAGAACUUUAGACAGCAGUGGACCAACCAGCAGCGCCCUACAGCUCAAUAAGCCCUCAGGCCUGAGUUUGGAGGACCCUGUCAAGAUGAUGGACUCCAUACUAAAUGAAAACGGAGCAAUAUCACAGAACAUCAACCUACUAGGCAAGGGGGAGUUGAUGGACUAUCUGGACAGUAUUGACUGCAGUCUCGAGGACUUCCAGGCCAUGCUUUAUGGAAAACAGUUCGGUAUUGAUUUUGAUACCCUAGAGGAGAGUGUAUCCUCCAAAGAGAACUCUGCACAUCUAAAUAAAGAUAAGCAGUUGAUCCAGUACACAACAUGUCCCUUGCUGGCCUUCCUCGAUGGCUGCACCCCUACUCCAGAGGUGGAUUUGGUCACCGACAGCAGCCCCAGCUCCUCCAACACCCACCUCCAGCCUACUUCCAGCUCUGGUGCCUCUUUGGAGGCUGAGCCAGCCUCAGAGCUGCUGGACACCGACCUGGAAUCAAAGCAGGCAGCUCGCAGCUCCCUGAUUCGCCUGGAACCUCUGACAGAGGCGGAGGCCAGCGAAGAGACACUAUUCUACCUGUGUGAACUGAGUCCCGCUGGACCGGAGGCCGACUCCACCCAGCUGGAUGGAAUAUGAGCAGGAAUAGAACUGGUGUGACAGUGAUGCCACUCACACUGGUGUUGGUUCACCACAGACUACGUCCCUCCAUCCUCCAGACUGUACUGACCUUGUGUGUUAAUAUUCCCUCACCUCUCUGGCCUGAUGUGUUUGUUUGUUGAGAAGAAAGUUCCAGGCUGGUGUUUUACCACGUACACAUUUUUAUAUGUAAGACUACAUUGAAGAUAAUAUUGGAGUUACAGAAAUAAGCCACAUCCUUGUCAAAUGUAGUAAUAAUGAUAGUUUAGAAUUCACACACAUCCUACACAUACUAUACACACCGUAUGUCUGUAUCUUUCCAUUAUUGGUAAACAUCGAUAAAGCUCUCAGAAAUCCUAAAUAGAGGCUGAUCAUGUCUUCAAAUCUUUCUCUUCUACGUCAACAGUAAUCCAGCAGACAGUUGUCUGUACAUCCCAUGGUUACAUCUGGACUUUCUGGCAGCAUUUUAGUUCCUGUUUACAUAACCCAAAGCAUGAUGGGAACUGUAGUACCAAAACAUUAUUAUCCCAUAUAGAAAUAAAAGAAAAACAAGCAGUGUAAAAAACUAUAACAAUAGUUGUUUUUUUUUGUUCUAUGUAUUCUCUUUUUUGGCAUUACUAAGGCUCAAAAUGUCCCAUGAACAUAUCCCUGGACCACACUCCCCAAGCCAGUCAUAUAUACGCAUACAUUGAGGUGUGUGUAGAAAACAGACUUUACUGCCAUGUGUCUAAAAUCAAGAGCUGUCUCUUUUUGACAAAAAGCUUUCUAUGACUUGAAUCUUUUCUUUUAAUGUAAUUGUCUGAAAUGUAAAAAAAUAUGUGAUGCACAAACUGUGGCUUGUGAAAGCACAGGACACCUUGGGCCAGAGGCAUACGACUAAAACUAUGUACACACAAAAACAGAAACAUGCAUACGCAUUCUUUUCAUAAGAGAACUUUUUCACCACCUUCCCAAAACCUUUAUUACAGCUAAACAAUAGACUAAAAUAUGUUUGUUUAGGCGAGAAACAGGCAAUGCACUGGACAGACUCACUGAGAAUGACUUGUCAAAGGUAGCAACACCCUACAGCAUAGCCCCUAUUAUCUUGAAUGGCAGUUAUCGGCAAGUCGCCAAUCGCCAAGAACAGUUUGGUGACGAACAAUGCCUUUUUCAGCAUGAUGGAGCACUUUGCCAUAAGGCAAAAGCGAUAACUAAGUGGCUCGGGGAACAAAAAUCUAAGUUUUGGGGCCGUGGCCAGGAAACUCUCCACACUUUAAUACCAUUGAGAAUUUGUUGUCACUCCUCAAGAGGUGGGUGGACUAACAAAAACCCACAAAUGACAACUGAUAAACUCCAAGCAUUGAUUAUCCAAGAAUGGGAUUCUAUCAGUCAGGAUGUGGCCCAGAGUUAGUUGACAGCAUGCCAGCUCGAAUUGCAGAGGUCUUGAAAAAGAAGGGUCAACACUGCAAAUAUUGACUCUUUGCAUAAACUUAAUGUGUUUGUCAAUAAAAGCCUUUGCCACUUAUGAAA